AUGGAUGGAUGGAUGGGUGGGUGGAUAUGGGACAUGAUGAGAAAAAGAGAGAGAGAGAGACAGAGAGAGAGAGAGAGAGAGAGAGAGAGAGAGAGAGAGAAAAGAGGCCAUCGCCGCCGUCGCCGUGGCUGGGGAUCGUCCCAAGGUUUAGCGACGCAUGCCAUGGCCAUGCCGCGCCAUGCCAGGCCCCAGUCCAAGGGAAAACGAGAGAGAGAGGAAGAGAGAGGAAGAGAGGCAAGGCAAGGCAAGGCAAGGCAGGGCACACAUGUGCCGGCGUGGCUGUGGAGGCCUGCCGCGCCCGCCCAUCCGCCGGUUCCCGCGUGGUGGUCCUCCUUGUUGCAAGUCUACAUACUAAACCAUACUACCUCCCUUCCUUGUUGA